CCGUGGAAAUGGCUUGUUUAAACCAAAAACACCAUCUCCUCUUCUUGGUUCUCUUCACCACUGUCUCCUCCACUCAUGUUCUCUCAGACAGUGUUGGCAUAAACUCAACCCGUCUGUACCCUUUUGCUUGCUCUGAUUCUGAUCAAAUCCAGAGCUGCAAUUCCUACCUAUAUCACAUCUCAAAAGGCCAUCAAAUAGAGGAAAUAGCCACCUUUUACUCUGUCAAUUCAUCCAGCAUCAAGCCUAUUGUUCAUGGCACCCAACACCAACAAGACUAUCUUGUAUCCGUGCCUUGCACUUGCAAAGACAUCAAAGGCACCAAAACUUACCUCUAUGACACCAGUUACCUGGUUAAACAAGGAGACACCCUUGAGAAUGUUGUUAGUGAGUUUUACAGUGGGCAGGCAAUGAUAGUUGGAGCAGAGGAGAAGCCAUUUGCUGGUGUUGGCAAUAUGACAACCAUGCACCUUGUUUGUGGGUGUGUGGAGAAAUCUUCACAGGAGGUUGUGACAUACACAGUUCAAGACCAUGACACUUUGAUAGGAAUUGAACAACUUCUAUCUGCAUAUGAGAGUGAAAUUCAGAAUCUGAACAUAAACUUCACUCAAACCCCAAAUUUUAUAGAUGUUGGUUGGGUUUUGUUUGUGCCAAUGGAGCUGAAUGGACUUCAACCAAAAAGGAAAGGAAAGAGACUCAGUUUGCCUACAAUUAUAGGCAUAGUGUCAGCCGUUGGUUUUCUAUUUGUGGCCGCAUUCAUCAUAUUCCUUCUCAUCAGAUACAGAAAAGGAAAGAACAGAGAAGAAGAUCAAAAAUCUGUUGUAAACCCAAGUGCCAAGAAAGGUUUCUCACUGAAGCAACAGUUCUUCAAAAAGCAAAUGGAAGGUGAUGCAACUCUGCUUGAUGCAGAAAAUUUUGAGAAUGAAAGACCAGUUAUAUAUAGCAUGGAGCAAAUCGAAAUGGCUACAAGUAACUUUGAUGAAACCAGGAAGAUUGGGGAGGGUGGAUAUGGCAGCGUUUACUUCGGAAUAUUAGGAGAACUGGAAGUUGCAAUUAAGAAGAUGAGAUCUAGCAGAACAAAGGAGUUCUUUGCUGAGCUCAAGGUUUUAUGCAAGAUACAUCACAACAAUGUGGUGGAGCUGCUGGGAUAUGCUAGUGGAAGUGACCAUCUAUGUUUGGUUUAUGAGUUUCUACAGAAUGGCUCCCUCAAUGACCAUCUUCAUGACCCAUUGCUGAGAGGAAACCAACCUCUUUCAUGGACAGCCAGAGCACAAAUAGCACUGGAUACAGCAAGAGGAAUUGAAUACAUUCAUGACCACACGAAGGUGCGCUAUGUGCACCGGGAUAUAAAAACCAGUAACAUUCUACUUGAUCAAGGACUCAGAGCAAAGGUUGCAGAUUUUGGCCUAGCAAGGUUAGUAGAACGGUCAAGUGAAGAAGAUAUGGUAGCGACACGCGUGGUUGGAACACCCGGUUACAUUCCUCCAGAAUCUGUUCGUGAGCUACAAAUGACAUCGAAAACUGAUGUUUAUGCAUUCGGAGUGGUGGUAGCAGAGCUAAUAACCGGUCAGCGUGCGAUUGUUCGUGACAACAGAGAACCAAAAAGAAUGAAGUCACUCAGCUCAGUUCUAUAUGCAGUGUUCCAAGAAAAAGAUCCAGAAGCUGCAUUGGAAGCUAAAGUAGAUGGUAACAUGAAAGGAAGCUACCCUAUCGAAGAAGUGUACAAGAUGGCAGAAAUAGCAAGGCGGUGUUUGAGUGAAGAUCCAGUAGAUAGACCAGAGAUGAGAGACAUUGUCCAAACGCUCUCCCAAAUAUUGGUGUGCUCAAUAGAAUGGGAAGCAUCACUUGGAGGGAAGAGCCAAGUCUUCAGUGGGUUAAUUAUGAGUGGAAGAUAAAAAAGAAGAAAAA